GUCUCGUCCGUGCUCCGGCGCCGCGGGGAGAGCGGCGAGGCCCGCCGCGCCAUCGAGAGGUUGCCGGUGUGCGGCGCCGCGGAGGUAGAGAGCAUCUUGCCCAUGAUCGGCGGUUACGACUGCGCCAUAUCCAGGCCGCUGAGCUCGCGCAAG